GCCCCCAGACGGGUAGCACGUUUCCUGCUGUAUCACCUACAAAACUGGACACUGGACACUUUUACACAACAAAAUUUCUUGACUGCACUGCCCUUUCCCCCACAAUGGCCUCCUCUUCAUCAGUUGGAGAUAACCAGCUGCAGAGGAUAAUCAGAGAUCUGCAUGAUGCUGUGUUAGAGUUGAGUAAAGAACACAACGUGUGUGGUGAACCUGUAACUGAUGACAGCGCCAACCUGCACAAGUUCUUCUAUAAACUAGAAUACCUGCUACAGUUUGACCAGAAAGAGAAGACAACGUUUCUUGGUCAGAGGAAAGACUACUGGGAUUACUUCUGCGACUGCCUGAUUAAGAUCAAAGGAGCUAACGAUGGCAUCCGUUUUGUUAAAUCCAUCCCUGAGUUGAAGACAUCACUGGGGAAAGGAAGGGCCUUCAUCCGCUACUCACUCGUUCACCAGCGUCUUGCUGACACUCUGCAGCAGUGUCUUAUAAACCAGAAAGUCACCAGUGACUGGUAUUAUGCUCGAAGUCCCUUCCUCAAGUCUCACCUUACUGCUGACAUAAUCAACCAUCUUUAUGAGCUCAACCAGAUCCAAUUUGACGUGGCAGCCAGAGGUUACGACCUCGAUGCAGAUUGGCCAUCCUUUGCGAGGCGAACAUUAGGCACCGCCUCAUCAGCUUUUCUGUGGAGGCCUCCCAGUCGCUGCUCCAGCGUCAACAGUCUCGUUAGCAGCUACUCACACUCACAGGCGCAGGAGUUUCUCCCAAUCCCAGACCUGAAUCACAGCCUCCUAGGUGAACUAGGUGAACUAGGUGAACUAGGUGAACUGGGGGAUCCCUCUCCUUGCAGCAUCGCAGAGAACCUCCGCAUUGAGCUCGACCAGUCUGAGCUCAAACAGCAGGAGCUCCUGGUCCGGGUUGAGGAGUUAGGGAAAGAGGCUGCUGAGCUGAAAGGCGUGGUUAAAGACCUUCAAGGCCAGCUAUUAGCUGCUCAGAAGUCCUCUGGCCUCUCUGAAUCCACAGCAGCCCAAAGUAACCAAGAAACAGAUAAUCGGGAGAGAGCAAAUCACCUUCAAACCUGUAGGGAAGCAAUAAACGGUGAACUUCAAGUCAGACUCACAACUGCUGAGAACAAAAAUAUGGAGCUUCUCUCUAAGUUGGACGAGGCUCUUAAAGAAAAGGGACAACAAACCGCAAGCUACUGCGACUCAGCCUGGAAAAUCCAGGAUCUCCUGGAUAAACUCAAGACAGUAGAGGAGGAGAGGUUGGAGGCAAAGAGAGAUGCCGAGGACAGGUCCAGGCACUCUGAGCGUCUGUCCCAGGAAUUGAAACUCAGGGAAGAAGAGUUGAGGAGCAGCGAGGAGAAACUAGCUGAAGUAAAAGCCGGAGCCCACGACGAACGCGAGGAGGCGCUCAAACGGUUGGAGGAGCUACAAAGUGCGGUCGGUCGAAUCCAGGGGGCGCUGAGUUUGAAAGAGAAGGAGACGGGGAACUUGAGAGCCCAGCUUCAGGAUCUACAAGCAUCACUGGAGUGCAGAGAGCGGCAUGCGGACGACCUCAGGAAAAGACUGCAUGAGGAGAGGGAGGAGGUAGAGCAGAGAUGUAGCAUGAGCAGUAGCCAAAAUGAGGAACUGGAGAGCCACCUCCUGGAUGUAAGAAGGGCUCUUAAAAAUAGAGAGAAAGAGCUCGCCGUUAGUUCAGAGAGAAUUAAGCAUUUUGAGGAGCAGUUGGAGAAGCUAAAUGUUGAGAAAGAAAGUCUGAGCUCUAGACUCGCUGAUCAUGAAGUUGUUUCCUCUGAGAAACUUGAGGACUACAAAACCCAAUGCAGCAAUCUCAUUGAAAUAAACACUAAGCUACUCCAAACAGCUAAGAAGAGUGAGGGGAGCAUCACAGAGCUGACUGAGAGCAGGGCGGCCUUGUUAGACCAGAUAGCUUCGUUCAGAGCUUCCGAGAAGCACUUAAAGGGCAGAGUUGAAGCUGCAAAGAUGAGUGUGGAAGAUCGGGAGAAGAAGCUUCUAGAUGAAAACCUGCAUUUGGAGGAGAUUGCCCAGAAGGCGCUCGUCCAGAAGGAAGUAUCUGAUGCUCAAUUAGAGAAGCUGGAGCAUGAGAACGGGGAGCUUCUUGAGGCCCAGUCCUCGUUGAAGAAAUGGUUGGACACAACUCAACAGGAACUGGACUCGCUCACUGCCAAAGCUGCGAAGUUGGAUAAGAACCUCAAAGUGUCCCAAAGAAGCCAAGCAGAGUUACUUGAAAAACUUCAAGAAACUGAGGCUAAACUGAUAGACCAGACUGUUGUAUGCGGACGUCUGCACGCUAGAGCGGAGGAGCUGGAGAACAGGAGCGGGGAGCUGCACUAUGAAAAAGGAGCUGCAGAGAGUAAUGAAAAAAUGCAGAAGAUUCACGAUGAGCAUCAGACGUCCUCAGUGGAAACCAAAGAGGCCCCGUUCAGGCUAGUCAUAGCUGAGGCUCAACUGGAGCUCAACCUAGGGGAGGUGCACCGGCUCCAGGAUGAGGUGGUAGAGCUCAGGGCACAGCUUCUAGCAGGAGCUGAGGAGAGGAUGAAGGUUCAGGCACUGCAGGAGGUGACGGAGUCCUCCAAAGAGGACCUCCGCGUCUUAGCAGAACAACUCAAAGCCCAGGUAGAGGAGCUAAACCGCCGGCAUGUGGAUGAGAUCCUCCGAUCCCGGGAGCGAGAAGAGGCUCUUAUCCGAGAGCGUGACGGCGAGGCUCAGGCUCGAGCAGGUCUGGCUGCAGAGGUGACGGCCUCCAGAGAGGAGCUCAAUAAACUGAAGCAACGCUUUGAAGCCUUGUGUCUGGACAACAGUGAAUCCAAGGAGGCGCUCCAUAGAGCCAACACAGAAACAGCUGAACUCGGCGUGCACGUGUGCAUGCUGACCGCUGAGAACGAAGAGGCUCGCCUUCGCUGGGAGGGCUUGUCAACAAGGCUGCAAGAGCUGGACGACGAGGCGGUUCAGGAAGCAGAGAGGCUGAAUAGCCGCAUGGAAAAGCUGAGUCAGGAGAACCAGCGACUCCUCGAUCGGCUCCAUAACAAGGAGGGGUUGUUGACAACCAAGCUGCAGGAAGAGCUGAGCAAGGCCCAACAGGAGGUUGAGGCUGUGCAGGCAGCGAGCCAGGAGGCGAUCCAAGCACUCCGCUUCCAGCUCAGCAGCCAAGCCAUGAGCCACGACGGCCAGCUCCAGGCUGUGAAUCAGGAGUUACAGGAAGUGAAAUUACAGCUGACGUCUAAGCAGGAGAAAGUGGUCGACCUGGAGAACAAAUUCAAACAGCUAGAGGCUGAGAACCAGAGAUAUUGCCAACAGAUUGAGGAGAAAAACAUCCAGAUGGCCGAUUCUGAAAAUCUCAUCCAGCAGAAAGAAGACGAGCUAAUCCAUCUGAAAGGGAAUUUAUCAAGGUCUGAGGAUGGUCUCGCAGCGGCUCAGCAGACAUGUCAGGAGAUGAGUGAAAAUCUACGGAGAGUCACACAGGACAAACAGAGCUUUGAUCUUAAGGCGGGUGCUGAACUCGAUGAUCUUUACCGCACCAAAAUCAAUUUGGAAGAAAGGCUUGUAGAACUCAUCAGGGAGAAAGAUGCACUGUGGCAGAAGACGGAUGCCCUGGAGUUUGAGCAGAAACUGCGGGAUGAGGACGCGGAGAGGGACGUCAACUACUGUCUGGGCUGUCACAGUCAGUUCAACUGGUGGCUCCGCAAGCACAACUGCAGACUGUGUGGGCGUCCCUUCUGCUACUACUGCUGCAGUAACACAGUGAGCACCCAGCAGGGCCAAAGAGAGCGCUGCUGCACGGACUGUUACAACCAGCACAGUGCAGUAGUUGAGCGCCACCCACAGGAGGAAGUGACUAGCAGCACACCGGGGACACCUUUCAGUCGUUUGCUGCAGGCUGGGAGAGCUGUGACGACUGGUUCAGGAGCAGACGUAGGUGACAAGCCGGAUGAUGGUGUUUUUGACAUCAUCACAGAGGAGGAGGUGAGCGGCGUCUACGACAGUGACUCCCUCUCUUUUGCCACCGCCUGCUCUCCUGGACACGGACAGCAGGGGGCAGCACAGCUAAACAGCAGUGCCAGUGCAGGAGACCUCACAUCAGAAGAUAAUGACGACCUCAGUGCUACAGUACAGGAUGCAGAGAUCUGCCUGCUAAAGUCUGGAGACCUCACGCUCUCCGUCCCCUUCACGGUGGAUGACAUCUCUGGGUUUGGGGACACCUCCCGAGAGCUCUUCAUCAAGUCCAGCUGUUACAGCACCAUCCCCAUCACCAUGAGCGGUCCCGGUCCUACGGUCUCGUGGACGUUCACCUCUGAACCGAAGAGCAUCUCCUUCAGUGUGGUCUACAGGGAGAGUACAGACACUCCACUGGAGCAGGCCAAGGUCUUGAUCGCACUGACUCGCUGCAACUCCCACAAAGAGACGAUCCAGGGGGAACUGAAAGUCAGAAACGCUGGAGAAUACACACUCGUCUUUGACAACUCUUUCUCCAGGUUCAUCUCAAAGAAAGUGCUGUAUCAUCUGAGUCUGGACAAGCCCGUGGUCUACGAUGGAACUGACCUCCUCUGAACUUGACCGGCAGGAGGAGAAGCAGGUGUGAAACUGACUUUUGAAACAUUCAGGGCGUAUGAGCUCAUGCGCGUACUGUAGUUUCAAGGCAACUGGGUGGGAGUCUACUGACGUUAACCAACCUCAAUGAAAGGUUCCGACAUUUAAAAAAAUACAAUGAAGUAAAACAAUGUUACACUAUUGAAUAUGAGCAUGCACUAAACUUUUAUAAAAAAGCCUGACGUUGUAGUUUAAAUGUAGCAUUAAGGGUAUCAAACUUCACUCCAAGAUGACUGGAGGAUUGUUGCAUAUUUGUGUGUGUACGUGUGUGCGCAUACAGUACAGGUUUCUCAUACAGAUUUAGCUCCUGUAGGCAACUUUCUUUACUGCAUCCUCGCAGAAGUCAUUCUUUUUUCUUUAACAUGAGGUGCAAUUGUUUGAUAAAUCCCGGUUUGUUCUCAUUAUUUGCCUUGUCUCAUAAAGUAAGGCUACUGUCUUUUUAAAAUGGGAUUAAUGUGCUCCUUGCACAAAAACACAUUUCCCACAAGGAGUGGGAGAUAAAUCCUUGAUGUGUCGUUGUAUGUUGUGUUAUCAAAAUUCGUCAUGAUUUAAUAAAUGUCCCAGAAAAUUAAGUGACAAAAAUGUUCAUAAAUAAAAGAACCAGACAGAAAUGUCUGUAUUUUACUUAUCUAGGGAAUUAAAUAUGUGACAAAUCAUAAACAAAAACCCAUAAAAAUACAAUAUUGCCAUGAUUUAUAUCCUCCUUAUUGAUUAGCAACAUUACCCACAAUGGCCUAAUACACCCAGAGAUAUUAAAGGGAGGGUUACCACACUAUGAAUGGUUGAGCAAAAAUCUCUGACAAAAUCUCACAGAAUCUAUCGUCAUAUCGUUCAACAAGGAAAAUAUUACAUGAAUGAGACAUGACGGGAAACGAGAAGUAGACUGAUGUUGAAAAGACUACUAGAAAGCUAACUCUAAUUUAACUCAACCUUAACUGAAUUUGUUUUACUUUCUUAAAUGUACCAUUAGCAUAUUAGUCAGCUUUUCAUGUAACUAAAUCUUUAAAUCGGUGUGUUUGGUAUCAGGCUGUUGCAGAAUUAGUAUUGGUGUCAAAAGCAUGUACUGUAAUGUGUUUCACAGUUCAUGCUCAUUUCACAGUCCGUGCAGUAUCUUCAAGAUCGUUGCCUUUUCAGCUGUCGGAAAUUACAAGAAAUAGAUUUGUUGUGUUGCAAUCGUGAUGAAGCAGAACAGGAAGAAGAAGGACUUCUGCGAAAGCUGCAGUACCGCCACAUCAUCGCGUUUUAAUUGUCUUCGGGAAACAGGCUUUAAUUCAGUUUCUGAUGAUUGCAGUUGAAGAUUCCUCUGCAUGCAAACACUAAGACUGUUUCUGCAUUUAAACCCUCGAGGGUAAAAAAAAGAGGGAGCACAUACAGUAUCAGAAUGGAAGUUUCAGUGCUUUAAAUUUUUAGUUUUUACUUGAAUCGUCACUCGUGUUUUGACAAACAGUUAAGAUUUAGCAUUAAUCUUAGUGAAGAUAAGAGCUGCAAUGACAUUUAUUUUCUCAUGACAUACAUAAAGCCUUUAGAUGAUAAAAAGUUUGUUUUAGAAAAACAAACAAUUAUAAUACAGAAUAGUUUUUAUUUAUAGAGUGCUUUUCUAGAUGGAAAGUGAUGUUUGUUCUUAAAUACAGUUGUGUACUGUUGCUGUGUGAUGUUUCUAAAUAGAGAGGUGAAGUCCCUCUCCUUCCGGUGGACCCCAUGAAACCUUAUUUCGGAAAAAAAUAUGUAUUGUAGUCAACGGGGAGAGACAAAUAUAUUCACGAACUACAACGCAUGAGCACGAGUACAACCACCUUUUUUAAGACACGUAAAAGCUUCAAAAUAAACAAGCGGGGUAUUUAUUGAUGUAUUUUAUAUUUUAGAACAAAACUUUAAAA